CCCACGCGGACAUGGUGUAGCCGCCGCCGCGCCGGACGCCGCCCCCCUGAGCCGCGGCCGCGAAGACGGGCCCGCCGCCGACGCCAUGAGUGAACAGAGUAUCUGUCAGGCGAGAGCUGCUGUGAUGGUUUACGACGAUGCCAACAAGAAGUGGGUGCCAGCUGGUGGCUCCACAGGGUUCAGCAGAGUCCACAUCUAUCACCACACAGGCAACAACACGUUCAGAGUGGUGGGCAGGAAGAUCCAGGACCACCAGGUCGUGAUAAAUUGUGCCAUUCCUAAAGGGUUGAAGUAUAAUCAAGCUACACAGACUUUCCACCAGUGGCGAGAUGCUAGACAGGUGUACGGCCUCAACUUUGGCAGCAAGGAGGAUGCCAAUGUCUUCGCAAGUGCCAUGAUGCAUGCCUUAGAAGUGCUGAAUUCACAGGAAGCAGUGUUCUAUUUAGGGCCAACAUUGCCUAGACAGAAUUCACAACUACCUGCUCAAGUUCAAAAUGGCCCAUCCCAAGAAGACUUGGAAAUUCAGAGAAGGCAACUGCAAGAACAACAACGACAAAAGGAGCUGGAGAGGGAACGGUUGGAGAGAGAGAGAAUGGAAAGGGAGCGCCUGGAGCGCGAGCAGCUGGAGCAGGAGCGCCUGGAGCGGGAGCGCCUGGAGCGCCUGGAGCGGGAGCGGCUGGAGCAGGAGCAGCUGGAGCGCGAGCAGUUCGAAUGGGAGCGCGAGCGCAGAGUCUCGGGUGCUGCUCCGUCUCCAGACAGCCCCCUGUGUAGCGCUCCACCUCCUGACUACCCCAGUUGCCAGCCUUCUCCAGCUCCUCCUCCACCACACGCCAAAGUCACCUCAGCUCCGGUGUCAGACGCCGCUCCUGACCACGCUGUCGUGGCAGCAUUGCCACCUGCUUCCACACCCCCUGCACCACCACUGCGACACUCAGCCACACGUUUUGCGACUUCUCUAGGCUCAGCCUUCCACCCUGUUCUCCCUCAUUAUGCUACAGUUCCUCGUCCUCUGAACAAAAACUCUCGGCCUUCCUCUCCUGUGAACACACCUUCUUCUCAGCCUCCAGCGGCAAAGCCCUGUGCCUGGUCCCCUUCUAGUUUCUCUCCCCUCCCCCCAUCUCCUCCAAUCAUGAUUAGCAGCCCCCCUGGCAAAGCUGCCGGUCCUCGGCCUGUCCUUCCCGUCUGUGUUUCUUCUCCUGCGCCCCAGAUGCCCCCGUCACCAACUGGGCUGCUGGACUCUGUGCCAUGCCCGGCGUCUCCACCACCUACCUCAGGGCCACCCCCACCACUGUCCCAUGGCGGAGCUUCAGCUGCCCCUCCCAGCACCCCCCUUGCCUCAGCCCCCUCAUCCAAGCCCAGUGUUCUCCCUUCUCCCUCUGCAGCUGCCCCUGCCUCUACGGAGACUCCUCUAAACUCUGUGCUGGGAGACUCCUCUGCUUCUGAGCCAGGCUUGCAGGCAGCCUCUCAGCCGGCCGAGACUCCACCCCUGCAGGGCGUCGUCUUGGCUCCUGCCCCGCCCCUCCCUGUGGCUGGAUUUUUGUCGGGACCUGUGCUGGAAGACCAUCGCCCUUUAACUGGACUUGCAGCUGCAAUUGCUGGAGCAAAACUGAGGAAAGUGUCACGGAUGGAGGAUGCCUCUUUCCCUAGUGGAGGGAGUACCAAUGCUGUGAACUCAGCCUCCUCCAAAGCCGACUCCAGUCGAGGGAACGGGCCCCUUCCUCUAGGGGGCAGCGGCUUAAUGGAAGAAAUGAGUGCCCUGCUGGCCAGGAGGAGAAGAAUUGCUGAAAAGGGAUCAACAAUAGAAGCAGAACAAAAAGAGGACAAAAGUGAAGAUGCUGAGCCUGUAACUUCAAAGGCCUCUUCAACAAGUACACCUGAACCAACCAGAAAGCCUUGGGAAAGAGCAAAUGCAGUGAAUGGCAGCAAGUCCCCUGUCAUCUCCAGACCAAAAUCCACUCCUUCAUCACAGCCCAGUGCCAAUGGCGUCCAGACGGAAGGGCUUGACUACGACAGGCUGAAGCAGGACAUUUUAGAUGAAAUGAGAAAAGAAUUGACAAAACUAAAGGAAGAGCUCAUUGAUGCAAUUAGGCAGGAACUGAGCAAGUCAAAUACUGCAUAGAAAACCAAAAGGAGAGAGAGAGAACUUUAAUCUAGAGAGGAAAAAAAAAUCCUACAAACAGUAACCUUUAGCAGCAAUCCCGUACAAUUCUGUGACUGUGAGAAGAAAAUGGAGACAAGCAGUCAGAGGAGGAAAGCAGCGUCCUCGGAAAGCCUCAGACAUUGUGAUUCUGUGAUCGCCGUCCCUCUCUGCCGGCUGCUUUUCUCUGACCUUUCCCACAGAAUGGAAGAGUGGUGGACAAGUUCCUCUAACGGUUGCACAGAAAAUACGAAGCCCAUCCAUCAGACAAGAACGCCGUGCAUUGAAAUAUUUUCAUGUUGAGAUAAAGCCGCACAUUUUAUACAGCCCAUUGCUAAAAUAAGGAGAAAGGCUUACGGAGUUCUUUUUCAGAAAGUAGUGAUGAAGAAUUUAGCAAGUUCUGCUGUUGUAUUGUAAAUGUUUCUCUCAGGUCUGUCUUCCUAUCAUAUUUGAUAUUCCAUGAUUAAUUGAGAUCAGCCUGUGUGUAGGUUAAGAUCAUAAAAUGUGAAACAAAUGGAAUUGUAUGUGCUUUCAAAGAACGACAUUUAUAAGAAAGUAUUCUAAAGAUGAUUGGUCCAGCUUAAGGAAUUUUAGAAUGAUAGGAAGUCUCUCGAGUUAGCCUUCAUGCAAUUUUGUAGUUUAAAACAUAAAAUUCGUCCAGAAUUUAAAGAUUUAGAUGCCUUCCUAAAUUGUUACAAUGCUUUACCAAAUCUAUGACUUCUACAUAACACAAACCAGUGGUCAAAAGGAAAACAAUAAUAUUGUAGAUUUACUGUAGGUUUUCAACCUUUUUUAGAUGUAUGCAUGUGGGCAUUUUUAUAAUGUAAUUCCAGUCACCACAAGGUUAGCUUUUUUAAUUGCAGACAGUAAUGCAUGUCACACUAAUAAGUAGUGGCUUUUUCGAGGCCUCGACCCAGGGAAAACAUUUUGUAGAGUAUAGGGAGUGGGAGGAAGGGAAGGAAUAACUUUUUAUUUAAAGUUAAUUUCUGCACUUUUUCUCAAUUACCUGCAUGAAUAGUGAUGAGAACUAUUUUGUGACUUUAAUUGGUAAAUAUGUUAACAAAACCAAGUACUUCUCUUCUGCAUCAUGUCUUUAGCUGUCUGUAUUCUAACCAGUAAUUCCAGCAGUCUGAAACAUGAAUCCGAGCUUCGUGUGGAUUGUAUCUUACCGUGGCACUCAGUCAGGUGUCACCGUCCCUGACAGUGACGCGGGAAUUCAGGCACACACAGUCUGGUGGGAGGGUGCUUUUGAAGUUCACGUUGAAAUACAAGAAAUGACAAUGAUGACAGCAGUUAACGUCACGGAAAUCACUGGGUAAAGGGAAACCGAGGCGAGGAGGCUGCAGUUUCAUUAAAGGGAGCCAGGCCUAGGUGGGAGGAGGAGCCAGACACUGUUUCCACCCUGUGUUGCGCGGGUGGCGUGCAUGAGUGUGCGUGCUGUGUGCAUGGUACACUCCCUUGCCUCCGAAACUAGUAAGAUUAAAAUGGGGGAGAAGUCCUUUAUGUUGCAGUGAUAUUUUUUAGAAAAUUUUAGGAAAUCAGAAAUUCUUCAGGCUCUCCAUCUUGAUUUAUGCUUGAGUUGUUACGUGCCAUAAUCGCUUUGAAAUCUUUGAUUAUUGGAACUUUUACUAAAAUUUUGGUGAAAUAAUCCACUUUCAUCUGCUUUCUAGAUUUUAUAAAUCCCAAGCCUAAGACAAAGCUUGUUGAUAGCAUUAUUUUCUAAAUGGUGCCCCUGUGCAGUCAUUUCCACUACAGAGAAGUUUGGAUGAGAGGAUUUUCUUCCCUGUUAAAAUAGUUUGUUCUGUAGAAGCUUCAUGUUGGAUGAAACUGUGAUGGGUGAGCUAUCGUAACACGAGCAUGCAGCUUUUCUAUCAAGUAUUCACUGUCAUGCAGUUGUAGUAAAGGCUUUACAGAUGCAGCAAGCUUAUGAAUUACUGUUCUCCAAAAGGAAUAGGAGGCAUUUUCAUCUUUAUUACUGUACUUGAGGUUAUGUAGACACUUUGACAAUAUAAACAUUUAUGCCUUCUGUAAAUCUGGCCAGAAGUCACUUUAGAUUUUCUUGGGUAAAUUAAGUAGUCUGCAGUAAGAGUACUGGGUACAAGUGGUCCAAAGUGAGAUAAAAAGCUAAAAUAAAAUGCUAAAUCUUAUAAAGAAGCUGAUUUAUGCACUAAACAUUUGUGCCUUGGUCUAAUAUAAACAUGAAAUCUGUGUGAAAUGACAGAACCAGUGUUGAGUCACGCUCCAUUGUCCAUCGUUCUACAUCCUACCAGAUGUUAAGUGUGUUCCCUCCAGGAAGUUUGAUUGAAUUACUCUGCACAUUUGCCGUGUUGCUGACAUACAUGACAGUCACGUCAUUGUUAGAGAUUUCAGUAAUGAAAAUGAGAAACAGAUGCUUAAGUUAUUUUCCUCUCAAACUGUGUUUCUCGGAACUACAUUAUUCUGAUGGCUUUGUGCUGUUGUACCUGAAUGUCUUCAGCUGAGUACAGUUUCGGGGAUCCCUUCUAGUUACAGGAAGGUACUGCUGUCCUCAACACUGUGAUCUGACCUGUGACACAUCUGUACUAUACGCUGUGUAAACGGCUAACAAGUCAGCUGCAAACUGAAUGUACAAAUCUUAGUGCUGGUGCUGAAAUCUCUUCAGAAUAGUCAUCAUGAUUUAAAAAUUUGUUUAAAAAUUUGCAAGCAUCAAGUGUCAAUCAGAACUGAAGAUGAAACACUAAUGAAUGUUGACUUUUCAUGCUUUAGGUAUAUUUUCCUUUGUAGAUUUUUCAGUUCUCUGUUAUUUUUACCGUAACUGUUUCAUUUAAAUUUCCUACAUGCUAACUUCGUUUGUGUGAUUGAAAUAAAAUUACAGUAUAUACAUGUU